AUGGGUCUUGAUGAGAUUGGAGACUUUGAUUUUGCAAGUAAUGUUCAAGUGAAGAAUGUGGAGAAUAAAGUUGAUGCUGUUGCAGCUGAAAACAAAAAGGUGGCAGACCGUGAAAAGAUUCUCGAGAUGCGUGUAAAGAAAUUAGAGUCUGAAAACAAAUCUUUAUUGAAGAAGAUAGAUACAGAUCAGUUUGAAAUCGAUAUCUUGAAAGUGAAAGUGGCAGAGCUAGAGGAAGAAAAGGCACGCCGGAACGAACAAAACAAGUAUUUUGAGCUGAAAAACAAAGAACUUGAGGCUGCCAAGGCGUUGAAAGAACAUGAAUUUUAUAUGAUGAACAAAGUGAUAGAGAGUAUGAUCGGAAAGUCAAUAGAGCAAAGGUUUGAGGAAAUUCAAGUAGAGGAAGUAAGGGCUAAACGUCAAGCAGAGAUAGAUGCUCAGUUGAGAGAUAAGGGCAAGGGUGCUGAAGGCAGUGUUGCAGUAUCUGAAAGAUCGAUUGUUCCAUCGGUAGUUGUUGAAAAUCAUGUUCCUAUAUCUUCUGUGUCAGCUAUUUUUGAAGAAGAUGUAUCACUUGAAGAUAUUGCGGCUGAUAAUGAGGAAGAUGAUGACGAAGACGAUGACGACGAAGGGGAUGAUAAUAAAGGGGAUGACGAUGAAGAGGAUGAUGAUGAUGAAAAAGUGUUUUUGCGAGGAGGUACAUGUGUUACUACUACCGAAGCAUCAAAUGAAAAGACUGUUGAUGAUUACAUGAAUGAUGAUGCGAAUGAAGUUUCAGAGGGAGCUGAUGGAGAGGGGGAGCAUGUAGAUGAUCAAAGUGUUGAUCAAGUUGAAAAGUUAAUUCUUCGAAUCGAGCCUCAUGUUGAAGAAGGUGAAUUCAGGCAUACUUAUACAUUGAAUGAAACCCUGAAGAUGUCUAAUGUAAAUGAAGACGAAUUCACGUUUGAAUUUGAAGAAGAACUGAAUGCGUUCGAUAUCAACCAUCAACCAGAGUAUGAAUACAAGUAUGUUGAGGAUGCAGAUGUUUAUGAUAGGGUUGAGGUUGAAGAUUGCUCUGAUGAAGAGGGUGUUUCUGAAGACACUUCUGAAUUUCCAACACUGAUGGAGUUCUUUAGUGAAGAAAAUAGAGAUGAGCUGAGGAGGAAAGUCGCUGAGAUACUGAAAGAUAAGAAUUUCGAUGGUACUCCAAAAGAUCUUCAGAAAGAAGAACGUCAAAAGUGGUUCAGAAAUAGUCAUGAAAGGAAGUUCAAGAGACCGUUGAAGUAUUAUCAAAGAGAUAGAAGUAUUUCACUGGGAGAUAUCAUUAGCUGUGGUUUUCUACCUCAUGUUACUGGAUAUGCGAUUAGAAGAGAAUGCGGCGUGCAGUAUUUUGAACGCUUGCAUGAUAUUAUGUCCCUACCGUGGUGGGAUGUAGAAGAGUUAUCGAAAGUGAGAACCUUAGGGUAUCCUGUGAGAAAGAAUGAUGUAGCUAUGUGGGGUUACAUAAAGUUCGAAUCAUUGAAGAAUUUCAGACACUAG